AUGUACGAUGACUUUCUCUGCUGUCCGCUGUGCCAGGAGGCCCUCCGAUCGCCCAAACUUCUCACCUGUCUGCAUACAUUUUGUUCGGACUGUCUGAUUGCUUACGUAGACAGGGUAACCUCCAGGGAGACGGCCAGCGAUUUGACAGAUGCCCAGUCUUCGCCCGACCUCAAACCAAUCUCGGGAAACAGGUAUGGAUUUAAAGGAAUAUCCUGUCCCGUGUGUGAAGUCGUCAGUUAUAAAAACAGAAAAAUUGACGAGGUCUUUGUGGAAAGUUUGCCAGAUAAUGAUUUUAUCAGCGGCCUACUUAAAGCUGUGGACUCUUGUCCGCCGGCGCAGCUCUCGUGUACAUUGUGCACCGGCUCGGCGAGCUGCAGCAGUGCCGGCAGUGUGAAUAGUGAUGUCAACCAAGCCAGUACCGAAAUCGACUCGGCCGAGGACGGGGGCAGCAACAAAUCUGGCGCAGUGGCGUGGUGUUUUGACUGUAAAGAAGGUCUGUGUGAACAGUGUAGAGACAAGCAUGUCCAAUGCCCCGCUACACGUAAACACUCCCCCGUCGAUAUAUCACGUGUACUUGAAGUGUCAUUAGAAAAAAGACGACAAGUGCAAACGCGCUGUUUAAUACAUCCUGAUGAAUGUGUGAAGUACUAUUGCGUGAACUGCCGUGUUCUAGGCUGUAUGGAAUGUACUGUGUUAAAUCAUAAAAAACAUUACUGUGUUUCCACUAAAGAAGCGAUUAAACUGUACCGACCUGAAUUGGAAGGACUAAAAAAGAAACUUCGUCACUAUCAUAAUGAUAUGCACGAGAUCAAAAACGCGAUUCCGUCUUAUCUAGAAAAAGCCGGCCAGCGGUGUGAGAGAGACAUUAAUGACUAUUUCGACAAACUUGUUGACAUGCUGCGUAAAAAGCAGUCUGAGCUGUUAACAGAGCUUAAACAAAUACGUGACGUGGAAGAUACGAAAGCUCUGCAGUCAGCCGAUCUCUCUGAUAAGUUCUGCAGGACGGCUCAGCGGAUGUACGCCAUGUUGAGAUACCUGCUCAAAUACGGAUCAGAAACUGAGCUGCUUCUCCAUUACGAGAACAUACGGAAACACGACAUCAUGCAACAAAUCAUUCGACAGCAAGACGAGAAGCUGGCCCGAUACACAUUCUAUAGCGGAAACAUUGAGCAGAGUUUAGAGGCCUCACUAGAGACUGGCCAAAGCCUUGACGUGUCAUACUUCCGGGGCGAUUUUGUCCCGAAAGCUUUAAGGUUAUGCAAAAACACCUCCGAAAAAAUCACCAUGAAGUGUGAGUUAAAUUCUAAUGGUAAAAGAGCUCGUACUAGAUUGUUACUUGACGAUGGUGAGGAUUUUGAAACGAAACCUAAAAGUCUGACGAAAAUGAAUUCUCGCAGCCAAAGCGUGUCUAAUAUCGCCAUCUUAGCCUCGCUUUCGGAUCGAAGAAACAGUGACGCCAGCACAAGUGAUGACAUCGGUCUGGAAAAUCAGUUCCAGACAGAAAGCAAAGAAAAUUUUGUCAUUUCGAAUUUGGCGUCCCCUGCAACUUGGAGUAUGUCGCACAAAAACCAGUCCCCUCGCCAACCUCCUACCAGGGAUAAAGAUUUAGAAAGACGGUUAAAACACAGAAAAGUAGAGAAACCCCAGAACAGUUCCAAUUUGCAGUCUUCCAUGGGGCUGUCCAAAAGCGUUACGGACAUUUCACUGUUGUUAGGCAGCAGUAAGGAUGGCCUAUCGGUGCCCAGUUCUGUGAAAUCCGAAGUGGUAAAGAGGGCUAAGCGUAGCCUAAGGCCUCGGCCGAGAAGUACGAUUGAUUCGUCGGGUCACGUUAUACCGGAGUCGAAAGAAAUAAGUAACGCGUUUGAGCGGCUAAGGCGUUUAGCUAAUAUGGACAACCAAUCGCCUGAAAGGAAACUCGCUCCCGACCGAACUGCGGCGCGACUCAAGCGUAUGAGUCUGUACAGACCGGCGUCACAACGUGCAGGAUCGGUGGAGAACGUUUCACGCGCACAAACCGACGUUUCUCCCGAUUCUCCGUCCGAUUCUCUACUUAGGUCUCCAACAGUCAUGGCCGUGCACGGCUUUGACCAAGACGAGGAAAAACCAAGCAGACGACAUCUUUAUUUGGAACAGCUAGACGGAGAGAUGGAUUUCUCUUUCGAAGAGGAACUCGAAUCCGCUCUUGAGAACAUCGGUGACAGUGGUCAGGAUGAAGGGAAGGACACUAGCUCUGAGAUACAAACGUCUCUGGAAACCAGCACGAACAGGGAAGAAUUGGACGAUAAGCAUACCGAUUUCGAAAUCCCUAUCAGGCUGUCGACGGAUCCUCUCAUUGUUUUCAACUGUCGUGACACUGGCGCUCACGAUGCUGCCCCAAGCCAUGACGAUGACGGCCGCUAUCCGGCGGGCGUCGUGUGUCUAGCUGACGGCAACAUGGUGGUGGCUGACGCCGCAGACAACUCAGUCAAGCUCUUCACAUCCACAGGAAUCUUCCUGGACACCUUCUGCUUACACGGCAAAGAUCCAGAACCAAGGGACAUAACUGGCACCACCGACGACCAAGUGGCUGUACUGUAUCACGAGAGGCAAUUGAUAGCUUUUUUAUCAACAAAAAACAAAUUGUUUUUAGAAAAAACCGUUGCGACCUCGAAAGGAUAUGUUGCCAUAUCCGGUUAUGACGAAUUUCGUCUUGUUGUAACGUGUGUGUUUCCGUCGUCCAUUGAUAUCAUUCAAAUGGACGGCACAAUUGAACGUUCUAUUGACUUGUUCAAGAUGGUGCCGAUGGCGGACAAGCCUUUGUUCCUCCAACCAUGGUACAUAUCCUGUUCAGACAGGGGAGAAAUCAUUGUCUCGGAGAACAGCCAGAAAUUUGUGUUAGCAGUCACCAAAAAUUUUAGUCCCAAAUUUGUGUACAAAUCAGAAGAUGACAGUUUGCGUUCUGCUCGUGGAGUGUGCGUGGUCGUCCAUGGCAACGUCUUGUUGGUGGACGAGGUGUCGGGCAACAUCCGGGUGAUUUCAUCACUGGGAUCUUUCCUUGGUUAUGCCUUCCCAGAUGGCUUCCGGUUGGACAAUCCUCUAAAUGUCGCUUAUGGCAGUGACCACAGUGUCGUCGUCCUUCAGAAAAAUGGGGACGUUAAAGUGUACAAAAUUGAGGACAGCGCAAGUGAUCCUGUUAUUGACUGCUGGGAACUGAAAAUUUGAUUUCCAAUACCAGUUAGAUUUUAGUUAAAUGUACUGUUUCAUCUUAGAGUAGUAACAGAACAAAUAUCUUUGUAUGCAAAUCGAGCUUUUACGUAUCCCCAGUAUUGAUUUUUAACUUGUAAUGAUGUUCCUCUGUGACAUUUGUUGCCCGCAUAUGACCAGGUGUCACUGGUUCUGUAUAGCCUUCGAGCCUUAUAUUGGGACAUAACUUGUUCUUUCCAUGAUGUUCUUCAGUGAUAUUUAGUUUGCAUGUGGCCGGACAUUCCAUUAAUUGACUCAUGGCUGGUUUUGUGCGUCUCCUUUAUUCAAUAGUAUUCUCUAGAAUGUCAUUUAGGGUUGCUGUAAUCGGUAGAUGAGGUGAUAUCGCACUGGUUCAGUAGAGCCUUCACGUAUUGAGUUGGUCUCUCUACGGCUGAUUUUCACCAUCCCAUUGCCGUCUUAUUCCAGUAACAUGUCCCAGGUGCUCACAUACAUUAUAGCCCCAGACACAGCUUAGUAGUCUGCACACAGAAGCAUGUGUGUCGCAGGGCGUAUUAUUCUGUGUCUGAUAUCAGCUUGUACGUUGCCCAGGGCUACAUCUGCCGUAAUAUUCCCCUAUACCUUUGUUAUGUUGAGGUCCUUUAUGUUUCCAUCUCUAUAGGCCUACAUUAAACCAGGGGAAAUGCAUGAAAAUGAAGAUGCUAUAUCUCGUGCACGUGAUUGUGAGAAAAGCCACGAGAUCAUCACUUAAACUUGUCAACCGUCUCUUCAUUAUCCCACAGCAGCUGUAUGUGUAUGGGACUGUUUAAUAAUUUGUCAACACUUGCACGUCAAAAAAAUAACGAUUUGUGAAAAGGCCAGAAUUGAAGACAAAUCGAUUUUAAUAAGGUACGUUUCGUAUUUAUGUGGAUAUCAAAAAAAAUAUUAAGUUUAAAAAGGAUUAAAUAAGAAAACCUGAAAAAAAAUAAAUAAAUAAAAAGGAGCUAAAGAGAGAAACUAGGUUUUUCCACGUUAACACAUUUUUAUGGCGAGAUUAAGCAUGACGUUUACUCAUGGUCAUACAGGGGCAUGUAGUUGUAAUUGUGUAGUUGUUGGAGUACUGUGUUAGUGGCUGAGAAUGAGUCCAGCCUUACGCCAUAGUCGCGCGAGGUUUAACGAGGAGUUGAACGACAUUUUCCUAAGCCAGGUAUGAAAGUCUGCUAGAGCAUGUUGAGUAACCCGGAUGUGGAUGUUUUACAUGCGACACCACCAACAAAGCCUCAUGCUUACAAAGCUCCUACUAAAUCCUGUCAAUAACCAUAGUGAGACCUGUGGCUUUCAUGCCAUACGCUGGUCCCUCACGUUUAGAUUGAUAAUCCCAGGUUACGGCUUUCACAGCACUUUACCGUAUGUUCAAAAUAAUGGGAGACAACUUUUGUACUCAGUUGUGCAAAACCACAAAUCACCAACGUGGACCUUUCCGGAAGCUUCGAAUCGCCGUAAUUUUUGCUUUUAACAAAACCCACAAAGUCUUAACUGCGACCUUUGGAUUAGUUAAGAUGUAUGUAAGUGGUCGGAUUAUACUAGUACGUGCCUCAGAACCGGUGUGACUAGUACUUCAUAAGUAUGUCAAACUUGCACGUAGUGCCCACCCAUUGACGUGAGCUUAACUGACCACGUGUUUGACAACAUGACAGAAUGCAUGCAGUACAAAAUACACGCAGGCUAUAGGCCUAAGUCGAUUUUUUAGUCCUAGUAGCUACUGAACUCAUGUAUUCUAGUCUAAUUAAAUCACCCGUCCCACAGGCCCCAAACCCAUUCAGCACUUGUAUUGUUGGAUGUAAUGUGACGAAAGCUCAUGUUAACGUCUUUUUCAAAGACAACUUUUAAGUUAACUAUACUGAGCCAGUAUGAAGUUAAUUCAUUAUUGGAACAGUACACACUGUAUUUUUGUUUCCACUCAGCUUGAAUGAGGACCAUGUGUGGUUUUACAAUUACAUUGAAACAGUUCAUACUUCAGACUGCGUAAUUACAUUUUGAGCAUCAAACUGUAUCAGUUUCACUUAUCACCUCCCAGCAACCAAUCGAAUCUUACGUUAUUGUCUUUAUAACGACUGCUUUAAGUGCCCUCAGAAAAUAACUUAAAAACCUAAAUAUUAUUUAUGUGUGCCGGUAGUUAUGAUGGUAACUGCAUGUUAAUUUUCGUUAUUUCUCUGUCUUUAAGUAUUAACUAUGGAAGCAUUAUUUCCAUGCAUACUGGUGUAGCUAUAAUUGUUAGCUUUAUAUGCGUGUCUGGUAUAUUAUUAGUUAAAUAUUAUCUGCAGUGUUAUACUUUUGUCCACAACGGGUACUAGAGAUGCCCGAUCGACGCCUGUCGUAACUCGGUGUAAACUGAAUAAUGAAUUGGCUAAAUGUAUCCAUGCUGAUGCACGUAGCCAGAUGUUAUUGACGUUUUGUUACAGUAUUUUUUCCCAUGCACACAUUCGUGCUGAAUCUGAAAAAUCUCCAAAAGAGAGCAUUGCACAUGCUAUAAAUAGAAAAUGCUAUUGAACGCUUUUUACAGUGAAACCGCUUUUGUGCUAUGUGAUUGCACUGAGCCAUAUUAGGGCUUUAUGUAAAGUAUAGGAAAAAGCCACGUGAUUUAAAUGUGUCGGUGUUGUUGUAUAGAUGAUGUAUAAUGAAAUAUAAUAACGUGAGCUUUAUACUGAAGCAGUUAUGACAUAAAGUUGUCAAAUUGUGAUAAGAACCACACGAAGUCCACGUAGCCGUUGAUGCGAAACAGAAAUUAGAAAGGAAGCGUUUCAGUUUUAUAGUGUAAAUGUAAAUCAGACUAGGUGUUAUUAUCUACUUAUAGGCCUACAAGAACAUUUCUUGCACCUAUGCAAUUAUUUUUCCACGUAUGCGUUUCUAACGUGCAGACAUGAUUUUCGACACGCGACCACUGUAGUCAAGGUUAUAGGCCGCUAGGCGAUGUGCACUGAAAUCUGAAAUCUACUCCUAUCUGUAUAAGUCAUAUCAAAGGUUACGCGAUGUGUCCACCCAUGUUUGUAGGACGAUGAUAUUGUUUUAAUAUUUCACUGUAUACCCAUUGUAUGAUAAUACCUGGCGGGCGUAAAGUUCACAAGUUUAAAUUGUUAACACCUGCUACUCUUGGCAGUAGAUGUCAAGCUUUGCUGACUCAUUGUAAGGGGGUUUUCUGCCUUUGUCCCUAUAUAUGCCUUGUAAAACAUUCCGCAUCGGUGGAUAUGUGUGAGAGAAAUAUCACACUGUGCUGUGUGAUUUCUAAUAAUGGGUGAUUAGAUCUAUGUACAAAAGAAUGCUUUUAAUUAUUGAAAUUAAAUUAUUUAUUUGUUAGCAUAAAAAGUCUGUUAGUUCAAGGCAUACUUCGGGCCUUACUUUUUAGUAACUUUGAGGUUCAGUUUGAGACAGUAGUGAUCCCAUCAAGGCCCCAGUGGAAUCAUUGGCUCCAAAGUCAUCUGUGAAUCAAUGGAACAACGUUAGUCGGGGGUAAAGAGUCAUCAAUUUAUUCCUUCGUGGCAGUCAAUCAUUUCUCGACAUGUGCAUUUCUAACAGCCAUACACGAGAUUUUCGACAUGGGGCCACUAUAGUCAACCAGGCGAUGUGUUGUACGGGGAAAGUUUAGAAAAAGUGAUUUACGAAGUUUUGUGGAAUAUUGGCGGAGAGAAAUUGUCCAGCUGCUAAGACUAGACUGUAUCCUGCCUGUGUGUAAAAUAGUUCAUCUUGCAUGGGGAAUGAGUUUGUUUACAUGUGCAUGAUGUAGACAUGGGGACUGAAUUGUUGUUGAAGGGUGAACAUUGGAUGCUGGCUUAUGUAUAAUGGGACAAGGAUUCCUUAUUCAUCCAUACAGACAAUAUGUCAGGACGUAUAUAUACAUAGUCAGCCUCUUACAUUAUCCUAAGUCGGAUACAUCCUCUGUGUUAACAUUUUUAUAUAAAGAUGGUGAUAAUUUCGGCAAAUCCUUCAUUAACCUUCUAGUUGCAAAAUCCUCUAUUGACGUAUACCAGUAAUAAUUUGGACGCAUCCUAUACUUCGAAGCUAUUAUUAUUUUAAUCUCAUAGAGCGCUACAUUGUACAGAAAAGCUUAUAUUAAAAUGUGUUUAAAGACACCAGACCCUAACGUAUACCACACGCUAUAUAUAUGUUAAAGUUCAAGGUAGAGGAUAUAUGCAAGACUUCAUGGUUAAUUUGUGGCAUGCUUCAUGCUGCAUGAAUGUCAGCAUAACUGGACGACAGUGAUGACCAUUAAACUACUGUUAAUUCCUAUAGUAUACCGGUGGCUUUACAACAAUGCAUGUUUUCAAUAUCCUAAACGUUUGAUAACAUAACUGGACGAAAGUGAUGACCAUUAAACUACUGUUAAUUCCUAUAUUACACCGGUGGCUUUACAACAAUGCAUGUUUUCAAUAUCCUAAACGUUUGAUAACAUAACUGGACGAAAGUGAUGACCAUUAAACUACUGUUAAUUCCUAUAUUAUACCGGUGGCUUUACAACAAUGCAUGUUUUCAAUAUCCUAAACGUUUGAUAACAUAACUGGACGACAGUGAUGACCAUUAAACUACUGUUAAUUCCUAUAUUAUACCGGUGGCUUUACAACAGUGCAUGUUUUCAAUAUCCUAAACGUUUGAUAACAUACUUGUUUAUAGUAUUUUAUCUAUUUUUCGUCUGUACUUCGUCUACGGUUCCUUGGACGUAGAAAUGAAUAUCAAUACCAUGCAGAAUAUCUUUCUGAGGAUUGUUUUACAUAUGGGCAUCUGUGAUAUUUGUUUACAAAGACAGACCUGUACCGUGAUGGGGUGCCGAACAAUCAUUUUACUCGCAUGUAUGAAACACUUUGUUAUGACUAAAAUCCAUAUGUAUACUGCAUACAGGGUGAUUAUUUGCCAACGAGUAACAAGCAAUACAUUGUGAAUGUGACUAUUUGUCUGUAGUUAAUCGUGUAUUCCAUUACCUUGUCUUACUCUACACACUAUUUACCUGGUCUCUCUGUAUCCACACUGACUCACACUGACUAUUUGUCUGUAACAAAUCGUGUUUUCCAUUACCUUGUCUUACUCUACACACUAUUUACCUGGUCUUUCUGUAUCCACACUGACUAACACUGACUAUUUGUCUGUAACAAAUCGUGUUUUCCAUUACCUUGUCUUUCUGUACCCUCAGUCUUUAUGCUACGAUAUAAUUGUGUCGGCGGUGGUUUAACGUUUAACAGAAAUGCGAUUUUAUGUUUUAAUUAUUGCAAUUUGUU